AUGAAUGCAUAUUCGAUUGAUUGGGCUGAGGUUAUCGACAAAAAAGAUUUUUCUAAGUCACUUUGUUUCUUUUUGUCCAAGCUUCUUCCCUUUUUGUCUAACUCACUUCCUUUUUUCUUUGUGAGUUUCGGGAGUAUGCCCGUUCAUAGGUCCCAGAGCCAUAUGUAUGAAUUGAAACGUAUGAAUGAUGCACUCGAGAAUCAGUUGUUAGAAUCAAUAGGUCUGCAAACGGUUCAUUUGAAAAAAAGGAAAUCCCCAUUAUUGGAUGACUAUUAUACUUCUCAAAAAUCAAAAUUCUUGAUCAAUGAAGGAACAAUAUUACCAUUUUUGUUCAAUAAGAUACCAAACCAAGACAAUUGGCUGAAUCCUGUGAAAUGUUUUCAUAGAAGUUCAUUGAUUUCCUCUUUUUAUAAAGUAAAUCGACUUCGAUUCUUGAAUAAUCAAUAUAACUUCUCUUUCGAUUGUAACAAAAGAUUCUCUUUUUAUGGGGAAAGGUCCUAUAAUUAUGAUUUUAUGUAUGAACAAUUCCUCAAUGUCUUGUUCAUUCGAAAGAAAAGAUUUUCUUUGUGCGGCGGUAAAAAAACACAUGCUUUUUUGGACAGAGAUACUAUUUCACCAAGCGAGUUAGAGGUCUCUAAGAUAUUGAGACCGAAGAAUUUUCCGCAAAGUGGUGAUGACGGAUAUGACUUGUACAAAUCUUUCCAUUUUUCAACUCGUGUUCCUAGAUCUAUUUACUCGAUCGCGGACAUUUCUGGAACACCUCUAACAGAGGAAGAAAUAGUGAAUUUGGAAAGAACUUCUUGUCAACCUCUUUCCCCUAUUAAUUUAUCUGAUUCAAAAAGGAAGAACUUGCAUCAGUAUCUUGAUUUCGAUUCAAACAUGGGUUUGGGUUUGCUUGACACUCUAUAUUCUGAAAAAUUUAUACCAUCCGCAAAGAGGAAAAAACCUCUAAAAAAAUUCCUUGGAAAAGGGCAGAUGUAUAGAAACUUUCAAAGAAAAAGAAAAAGAAAGAGUAUUUCUUCAAUUCUCUCCAAAUUGAAGCGAUUACGCCCGUAUAUAAUACCGUUGUUCCUUACCUGGACAGGGCACAAAUAUAUCAAUUUCAUAUUUUUAGAUACUCUUUCAGACCUAUUUGCGAUACUAAGGAGGAGUCCUCAAUUUAAAAAAUUUGUAUCUAUUUGGCAGAAUAUUAUGCAUGGAUCCAAGGGAAGUCUUCGGAAAAAACUGUGGGGAAUUCUUCGGAAAAAACUGUGUCUUUCACAACGGAAUCGUAUAAGUGAGAUUUCGAGUAAGUCUUUCCAUAAUUUUCUUGUAGACAUGUACAAAGAUCUUUUUCACACAAAUAAUGAGUCACCAUUCAUAUCGACACAUCUGAGAUCACGAAAUAUUGAGGAGUUCCUGGUUUCAAUCCUUUUACUUCUUCUUGUUACUGGAUAUCUUGUUUAUACACAUCUUUUCUUUGUUUCUCGCUUCUCUAAUGAGUUACAGACAGAGUUCGAACAGGUCAAAUCUUUGAUGAUUCCAUCCUACAUCAUUGAAUUGCGAAAACUUCUGGAUAGGUAUCCUCUAUCAGAACAAAAUUCUUUCUGGUUAAAGGAUAUCUUUGGAGUUGCUCGAGAACAAUUAGGAAAUUUUUUAGAAGAAAGGCGAGGUUGGCCUUCUGGCGGGGACAUCCCAAGGGGUGGUGGUUUCGCUGAUGGGGUCAAAUCCAUACGUUCGAAGAAGAACGGUUUUAAUCUCAUGGAUCUCAUAAGUAUUAUACCAAAUCCCAUCAAUCGAAUCGCGUUUUUGAGAAAUACGAGACAUUUAAGUCAUACAAGUAAAGCAAUCUAUUCAUUGAUAAGGAAAAGAAAAAACAUGAAUAGUAAUUGGAUUGAUGAUAAAAUAGAAUCCUGGAUCUCGACUAGUGAUUUCAUUGCUGAUAAAGAAAGAGAAUUCUUGGUUCAGUUCUCUACCUUAACGACAGAAAAAAGGUUGGAUCAAAUUUUAUUGAGUCUGACUAAUAGUGAUCAGUUAUCAAAGAAUAACUCUGGUUAUCAAAUGAUUGAGCAACCAGGAACAAUUUACUUACGAUAUUUAAUUGACAUUCAUAAAAAGGAUCUGAUGAAUUAUGAGUUCAAUACAUCCUGCUUAGCAGAAAGACGGGUAUUCCUCGCUCAUUAUCAGACAAUCACUUAUUCAGAAAUCUCGUGUGGGGCUAGUUGUUUGGAUUUAUCAUCUCAUGGGAAACCCUUUUCGCUACGCUUAGCCCUAUCCCCUGCUAGGGGUAUUUUAGUGAUAGGUUCGAUAGGAACUGGACGAUCCUAUUUGCUCAAAUAUCUAGCGACAACCACCUAUGUUCCUUUCAUUACAGUAUUUGUAAACAAGUUCCUGGAGAACUUUCCUAAGGGUUUUGAUAGUGAUGAUAGUGAGGACGACAUGGAUGAUAGUGACGAUCUCGACCGUAAGCUUGAUAGCCAGUUGAAGUUUCUAAGUAUGGAGGAUCCGGUAUCUAGCGAUCUGAUGGAAAUAGACCGGUUUUAUCUCACGCUUCAAUUCGAAUUAGCAAAAGCAAUGUCUCCUUGCAUAAUUUGGAUUCCAAACAUUCAUGAUCUGGAUAGGAAUGAUUCGAAUGACUUAUCGCGGGGUAUAUUAGUGAACUCUCUUUCCAGCGAUUCGGAAAAAGGUUCUACUAGAAAUAUUCUAGUUAUUGCUUCUACUCAUAUUCCAAAAAAAGUAGACCCUGCUUUAAUAGCUCCGAAUAAAUUAAAUACAUGCAUUAAGAUACGAAGGCUUCUUAUUCCACAACAAAGAAAGCACUUUUUUACUCUUUCAUAUACUAGGGGAUUUCACUUGGAAAAGCAAAUAUUCGAUACUAAUGGAUUGGGGUCUAUAACUCUGGGUUCUAAUGUACGAGAUCUUGUAGCACUUACUAAUGAGGCGCUAUCGAUUAGUAUUAUACAAAAGAAAUCUAUUAUAGACACUAAUAUAAUUAGAUCUGCUCUUCAUAGACAAACUUGGGAUUUUAGAUCUCAGAUAAGAUCGAUUCAGGAUCAUGGGAUCCUUUUUUAUCAGAUAGGGAGGGCUGUUUCACAAAAUCUACUUCUAAGUAAUUGCUCUAUCGAUCCUAUAUCUAUCUAUAUGAAGAAGAAAUCAUGUGCAGAGGGGGAUUCUUAUUUGUACAAAUGGUACUUCCAACUUGGAACAAGCAUGAAGAAAUUAACCAUACUUCUUUAUCUUUUGAGUUGUUCUGCCGGAUCGGUCGCUCAAGAUCUUUGGUCUCUACCCGGACCUAAUGAAACAAAUGAUGGGAUCACUUCUUAUAGACUCCUUGAGAAUGAUUCUGAUCUAGUUCAUGGGCUAUUAGAAAUAGAAGGUGCUCUGCUGGAACCCUCACAGACAGGAAGUCGGUUUGAUAAUGAUGGCGUGACAUUGCUUCUUCGGUCCGAACCAAGAAAUCCCUUAAAUAUGAUUCAAAAUGGGUCUUCUUCUAUCGUUGAUCAGAGAUUUCUCUAUGAAAAAUAUGAAUCGGGGUUCGAAGAAGGGGAAGGAGUCUUCGACCCGCAACCGCUAGAGGAGGAUUUAUUCAAUCACAUACUUUGGGCUCUGAGACUGUGGCGCCCUUGGGGCUUUCUCUUUGACGAAGGGUCCAAUGAAUUGAGAUUUCCCUAUUGGGAAGGGUCAUUUCAGGACAAACCGAUCCUUGAUGAUUAUGAUGAAGAGGGUAAGCUUCAAGAGAAUGAUAAUGAUUCGCAGUUCUUGCAGGAUGGAAUCAUGCAGGACCAGACACGAGCGAGAUUUUCCAACGAACAGGGCUUUUUUCGAAUAAGCCAAUUCAUUUGGGACCCCGCAGAUCCACUGUUUUUGCUAUUCCAAGAGGAUCCUUUUGGAUCUGUAUUUUCACAUCAAGAAUUUUCUCCAGAUGAAGAGAUGUCAAGGAUACUUUUGACUUCCCAAACCCAAAAAAUUGAUUGGAAAUAUCUAAAUAAACCCUGGUUUAGGAAGAAUAUGCAAGAACAGAAUUUCAAAUUGUUGAUUGAUCGCCAGAGAUGGUUUAGAACCAAUAGUUCAGUAUCAAAUGAAUUUUUUCGUUCUAAUACUCUAUACGAGAGUUAUCAAUAUUUAUCAAAUCUGUUCCUAUCUAACGGAACCCUAUUGGCUCAACUCACAAAGACAUUGUUGAGAAAAAAAUGGCUUUUCCCAGACGAGAUGGUUGUGACUAUCUGUUCCAAUAACGAACGAUUGGUUUAA